AUGUUUGACGCUGGAGUGGGGAUCCUGCAGAGCUGGUUCCGUGCCUGCUGGCACAGCUCCUGGGUGAUAUACACCUGCGUCCUUCUGGUCCUGUUCAUCUGGGUGGCCAUGGCGACGCAGCACAGCUUCUCCUGGAGAAGCAGGAUGGCUCUUCGGAGGAAGAGGACACACCGAAAGAAAAAGCAGAAACCGAAAGCUUUUGGGUGCUGUGAGGAAGAGCUGGAGGAGGCUGGUGCAUCCCUAGAGACAUGCUGCCCUGUGCACCCGGAGAAGCUCCGCUUGGCUCAGCGCCUCAGGCUGGUUGAGAGGAAUCUACAGUACGUGGCCAGACACCGGGAUGAAGUUCUGAUACCGCCGAGUGUGUCGACAUCUGCCACGAGCCAGUUCUCCUACUCCUCUAGGGAAUCCACCACCUCUCCCCUCUGGAGUCCCAGCUCCUUUUCCCUGAGAGAAGCCGCCAUGAUUCAAUCAGAGCCCCUCUGCCACACGGGGGAGAUCAUGCCUGUCGGGGGCUGGGAAGGAUCCGCUCAUCCCAUCCAAGCCCAGCCUCUCCCCAGGCCUCCUGCCCACAGCAGACGAGACCGGCGAGAGCAGACCAUGGGUCUGGACCAGACGUCAAUCCGUGGCUUAGACUUCAACAUCCGCCAGAAGCAUCUGCAGAGUCAACUGGGGGCUCCUACCCCAUACACAGAGUCGCUGGCCAAGAUGAUCCCUAACGUCCCUGCUCUGCGCCCACCGGACAGAGACCCCAGGGUGAAGUUCAACAUGAGCAGGGUCCCUUUCCUAAGCUGUGAAGUCCUGGAGGAACUGGACUGUCACGUGCACACAAAGAGACUCCAGCAUGAGCAGGGCUUACCCCUCAGCCCCCAGAAACCCCACACAGCUCUUCUGCCUCCAGCUCCACAAACCCCCAUCCCGGGGGAGCCAUUGCUGGGUGAGCGGGACACCAAGCAGCAAUUGAUAUUAGACACAGAUCGGCCCAAAUGUGGAUUUCCAGCAAAGGUCCCGGAGCCCCUCAGAUCCAACACCAGCCCUCAGCGUGCACAGGCGAUCCAGGAGCCAUGUGUCUGCCCCUCUGGACCCCUGCCUCAAAAGGCCCACAGGAUCAUGGCAUCCCCUGAUGCCAUCCUGGCCAGGCUUGUGCCCACGGUGGUGGUCAAGCUGCAGGAACACAUUGCUCAGAAAUGCUCAGAGAUCCAAAUGGAGGCGUUCCCAAAGAUGGUGAGAGAGUCGCACAGAGAUGCUCCCCUCGCUGCACGACCUGCAGCUGAAGCACCUGAUGGAAAUGUUGAGCAGCUCCGCCCCUUGGCGGCCCAGGUCUCAGUCUGCCAGCAGUGCCGUAAGACAUAUCCAGGAAAGAUGAAGGGUAAGAAAACUCAGGAGGAGACAUCUGCUGAGCUGCAUGGACUUCGAGACGACAUGGAUCCACAUGGGCUCGAUGGAACUGUGGUCGCAGCUCUUCAGGGAUCAGCUGCCAAUUAG